GAAGACAAGGCCACCAAGGCCAAGAAUCACAAGGGUGAGCUGGAGGCCGCCGCGGCCCGGCUGGAGGCUGCCGAGGCAGCGAGGGUGAAGGAGGUUGAGAACCUCAACAUCGCUCACCAGAAGGUCAUCGACAACAUGAAGGGUGACAAAGCAAAAGCUUUGGCAGUGACCGCCGCGGUCUUGGAGAGAGACCUGGAACACCUGAAGGGUGAGAACAAAGGGCUCGUGAAGCAGGUGAGUGACCUCAAGAAGGAAAUUCACAAGAUGAAGGAGGAUGCCGCGUUAGAGUAUGGAGUGCGCCAGGAUUUGAGGGACAAGCUCGAGGCGGCGCAGACGCAGCUCAAGGAGGUGAGGACCAAGCUCGAGAAGAGGGAGGCGGAGAUGAGCACUUAUCUCGAUUCGGUGAGCCAGGCCCUGGGUCACGUGGGUCGCAGCCUGCCCAGUGCACCAG